GGGCCGUAAAUAAGAGCAGUAGCGCUACAAAAUAACAUAAUUGCAUCGAAUAUUUAGGACUCAAAAUGAUCAGAAUCGAAGGAGUGUAAAUGAUAAUGUUUACAGAGGACGACCAGAGCUGUUUGUUUAAGUGGGGAAGCGGGUAGGCAGGAAAAAGGGCGAAGUCUAUAAUUAUACCGUAUGGUUUUCGCAGGAAGAGACUCGCGCUGUCGUUUUCCGAAGGAAAGCUCUUCCUUUUGCGCCUAAAUUUUAGCAGAGAAGACGUGAACUUAAAGAACGACAUCUAACUCUUGCGUGCGUUACUGGUCUUUAAUUGAAAGUCCCGAAAGUGACGUAAAUUCGAAAAUGAACAUAUGUCAUACAAGGAAGAUUUUCUGUGCGGUUUUUUCAUAGAGGAGCACUGUGGAACUGUCUACUACAGAAAAUUAAUAAAUAAAACAAUUGAACACGACGUUGCAUAUUUACACCGCUUCACGCUUGGAGCAUAGUCGAAUAAUUUGCAGGUGCUGAAUCAUGGUGGACAACGUGGAUAUCGAGGAGCAGGACCCAUUGUCCGAGGAACCGGAACUGACGAAGGAGGAAGAGGCCAAGAUGGGGUACUGCGAGAAGCUCCACUACCACAUCUCCAGAUGGAUGCUUCCGGAACAUGCCCGCGACAAGUACCUGGAGAGGGCCAACUGCUGUCCCCCCCCGAUCUUCAUCAUCCUCAUCAGCAUCGGGGAGUUGGCGGUGUUCAUCUACUACGCGGUGUGGAAGCCGCAGAAGCAGUGGGUGACGCUGGAAGACGGCAUCUGGAACAGCCCGCUCAGCUACAAGCCUGAGCGGCGGGAGGAGGCCUGGAGAUUCCUCUCCUACAUGUUCGUGCACGCUGGUGUCGAGCACGUCCUGGGGAACCUGAUCAUGCAGCUGGUGCUGGGCAUUCCCCUGGAGCUGGUGCACAAGGGCUUCGAAGUUGGCAUGGUCUACCUGUCCGGAGUCCUCGCAGGCUCUCUGGCCAGCUCCAUCUUUGACCCGCUGAAUGCCCUGGUGGGGGCCUCUGGGGGGGUCUACGCCCUGAUGGGGGGGUACUUCAUGAACGCCAUCGUGAACUUCCGUGAGAUGAUCCCUCUGCUCGGAAUCUUCCGGAUUCUACUGAUCGUCGUCAUCGUGCUGACGGAUAUGGGCUUUGCCCUCUACAGAAGAUUUCUGACUCACGAGAACGGUUUGAAGGUGUCCUUUGUAGCCCACAUCGGGGGAGGCGUGGCAGGCAUGACCAUCGGCUACGUCUUCUUCAGCAGCUACAACCAGAAGCUCCUCAAGGACCCCCGCUUCUGGCUGUGCAUUGUGGGAUACAUCCUCUUCCUGGUCUUCGCUGCCCUUUUCAACAUCUUCCUGUCCCCAGCUCCGUAAUGCACUGAUGGAGGGGGCGGACUCAUCUUAUAAACAUAGGUCAUUUUACCAGUAAACAGCGACGCCGAGUGCUGUCAUAGGGAGGUGUUGCAUUGAGAACGCUCGGGGAACGUUCUGAAAACAUUGUAAGCCUAACCUCUGUCAGCUGUAGAUCUAAAGCUUGUAUUUCCCUGGGAGAAAAGUUAUAGGGAACACAGAAGCAAGCAUUUAUCAUCGUCAUUAUUAUUAUUAUUAUUAUUAUGAGAUCCCGACCACACCAGCAUUUAACACUGUGUCUAAUUCAGACAGUAUUUUUAAUCGUGGGAUUUGUAAAAGAGAAAUUUUUUUAAAUUGUUUGACUAAUGAGUUUAGUUCCUGAGAUUUUUUAUUUUUUUUAGACCUACCUCACCAGUCGUCUGGUGCCAAGGUUCUCAGGGUAGAUAAGCUGUUUACAGACACGUGUUCUCCUGCUAACUGUGGAGCGAGGAAAGAUCAGUGAAUCCUCAACGGUAUUAAUGUUGAUGGUGUGUGUGUGCGCGCGUGCGCACGUGUGUGUGUUGUAUGAUGUAUGAUGUAUGUACGUAUGUCUUCCCUCAUUUGUGUAUACUGAUGUUUGCAAGGCCUGCAUGCAUUUUGCUUAAGGUGCAUGCGUGCAGUGCUGUCCUACACUGCCUGGCUUCUUGUCCAGGUGUGGGAGUGAUUUUGGGUGCACUAUUUCUCUAUUACACCUUAACAGGGAAACCUUUUUAAAAGUCAACCUCCCCUUCCCCCUCCCCCAUAGGCAAAGACUCCGCAUUACUCUGUCCCCAAACCUGCCUCAAGUAUAGUUUCAACUGUCAUUGUCAGCCAGCCGAACGUCUCUGUCGACAGAGAUUUAGCCAACAGGAAACGGAUGCAAUGGCAUGUCGCGUGAAGCUGUUCCUCUGUGCAGUAUCUCUUUCUGUAAGUUUCAUUUUGUGUUUCGGUUAGCGUUCGUUAAAGCUGUACCGUUAAAUAACAGUAGAGGGCAGCACCUACUGCCUUUCAAAGCUUUUUU